CGGAAACCGUCGUGUUUUUUACUGCAGGGGCUGAAAAAGAAAAGCAGGUCGAUGGUUCAUGAAAAAAAGCGUUAAUCUACCGAAGCAGGGUCCUAACAACGGAAGCUUCUGCUUAUUCUCACAUCGUGGAAACAAGGUGCCAUGAGCAGAGAGCUGAACCCCCCGACGGGGUCUCCUGCCCCUGGGGUUUCUGAGCGUCCUCCUGACAACGGAGGGAUGGACUACAGGGACUGGGUACGCCGCAGCUACUUGGAGCUGGUGAGCUCCAACCAUCACUCAGUGCAGGCCCUGUCCUGGAGAAAGCUCUACCUGAGUCGUGCCAAACUAAAGGCGUCCAGCAGGACCUCUGCACUGCUCUCUGGCUUUGCAAUGGUGGCCAUGGUGGAGGUGGAUCUGGAUGUCAAGUACUCUUAUCCACGGGAGCUUCUCAUCGCCUUCAGCGUGUGCACGACGGUCCUGGUGGCUGUGCACCUCUUCGCUCUGCUGAUCAGCACCUGCAUCCUGCCCAACGUCGAAGCCGUGAGCAACAUCCACAACCUGAACUCGGUCAGCGAGUCGCCCCACGAACGUAUGCACCACUACAUCGAGCUGGCGUGGGGUUUCUCCACGGCUUUGGGGAUUCUGCUGUUUUUAGCAGAAGUGGUGCUCCUCUGCUGGGUCAAGUUCCUGCCCGUAGACUCCGGCGUGGUCAAGGAGGCGGCAGCCAGCAUCACCGUGAAUUGCACCACAGGGGCGAAGCCUACAACCCCUACGGGUCCUAACAGCGGCUGGCAGGCGGCGCUGGCCUCCACCAUCAUCAUGGUCCCCGUCGGGAUCAUUUUUCUGCUCUUCACCAUUCACUUCUAUCGCUCUCUGGUGCGUCACAAGACGGAGCGCCACCACCAGGAGAUCGAGGAACUGCAUAUGAUAAAGGUGCAGCUGGAUGGCCACGAGAGAGGCCUCCAAAACGUGUGAGAAUCUACGGCAGCUUUAAAUACUUUUAUGCUUAAGAUGCAUAUUUAUAAAACUGUGUCUUCUCUGCAGUCGUUGUUUACUCCUCGAAGUCACAGCGAGCUUUACAGCCAAACGGCCUCGGAUUGCUAAAUUAUUCUUAAAGGAACGUCUUAUGGUGCGUUCCCACUGGACGUGAUCUGGGCGUUAAAAACCCUUCAACGGCAAAAUUUGGACGCUGGAUCAAACGCUGCUUUGGCGCUUCGAAGUUCUGCGCUCUGGUUGUUUUCUUUAUUUACUUUGAUUUGGGGGGAAAAAAGUUUUAACACGUUUUAAGCGGCCAAGUGCUCCUCCACACAUAUGCAGUUCUU